CUUCAGAGAUGCAGCAGUGUUUGGUACAAGCUGAUGACCUGCGGUGGGACGUGUGUUUCUGAGCGGCUGGUAACAUGUGAAAAGAAGAUAUCACCGGAAUAACUUGAAGAUUUUGUCCAAGAAAGUGCCGAGAAAAGUUUUACUGAGGACAAAAGCCGUCGGGAGGAAAGACGUUGGCGAAUUUGCUCCAGAGGCCUGAGUGCCAUGCCAGAGGGGUCCCAUUCUGCUCUCCACCAGGGCCCAAUGGGGGAAGAAUCUCCUCACUUGUCUUCGCCCCUCUCCACCAGUGAACAUGACCAUGCAAACGUUGACCUGGGCCCAGACUGUUACAGCCGGCUAUGUGUGGAGCCGCUGGAUGGAGAGGGUGAACGUCCAGUGAGCCUGGUGUCCACCCUGUCCUCUGGUUCAUCCCGCGAUAGUCACAGCCUUUUUGGGAGCACCGUAGCCCUUCCUUCCUCAACCACUCCACCCGUGCAAAGCGAGGAGGACAUUGACUUGGACCUGAGCCCAGCCGAAGGCACCGGAGAGCAGGCAGGGGACCGGAGUCCCACCCUCACGGGUUCCAGGGGCGGCUGGCGGGAACGGCUGGAACCCAGGGUGAUCAGCAGGCAGUGGAAUAACAACGCCACAUCCAACAGGAAGGCAAGUGGCGAUAUAUCUCACAUCCCUGACUCGCCUGUCGUCACACACGCCAUGGCGCCCAACCCAAAGCUGACCUACGUGGACCGUGUUGUCAUGGAGAUCAUUGAGACAGAGCGCAUGUACGUCAAGGACCUGCGCAGCAUCGUGGAGGAUUACUUGGCUCACAUUAUUGAUAUGAGUAACCUUCCCAUACGACCGGAACAAGUGUGUGCCCUGUUUGGAAACAUAGAGGACAUCUAUGAGUUCAACAGUGAACUGCUGCAGUCCUUAGACAUGUGCGAGAACGACCCUGUAGCCAUUGCUCGAUGCUUUGUACAUAAGAGUGAAUACUUUGAAAUAUACACACAGUAUUGCACCAACUACCCUAACUCGGUGGCAGCACUGACCGACUGCAUGAGGAGUAAAACCUUGGCUAAGUUCUUCAGGGACCGACAGGCUGCUCUGAAGCGCUCCCUACCUUUGGGCUCAUAUCUGCUAAAACCAGUCCAGAGAAUCCUGAAGUAUCACCUGCUGCUUCAGGAAAUUGCAAAGCACUUUGACCAGGAUGAGGAGGGCUAUGAGGUCAUCCAGGAGGCCAUAGACACCAUGACUGGAGUGGCCUGGUACAUCAACGAUAUGAAGAGGAAACACGAACAUGCUGUCAGAGUGCAGGAGAUACAGUCUCUUCUGAUCAACUGGAAGGGUUCUGACCUGACCACGUAUGGAGAGCUGGUCCUGGAGGGCACCUUUCAUGUCCUGCGGGCGAAGAACACGCGUACGCUCUUCCUCUUUGAAAAGAUGCUCCUCAUAACCAAGAAAAGAGGGGAACACUAUGUCUACAAGAUCCACAUUUCGUGCUCCACCCUAAUGCUACUUGACAGUGCCAAGGAUCCCCUUCUCUUCAGUGUCAUCCAUUUCAAGCAUCCCAAGCAGCCCCAUACAGUGCAGGCCAAGUCAGUCGAAGAGAAGCGUCUCUGGGCCCAUCACAUUAAGAGGCUCAUCCUUGAGAACCACAACACCAUCGUCCCGCAGAAGGCAAAAGAAGCCCUCCUGGACAAUUCCAACUAUCCAGGGAAGUACCACUAUAGUCCUGAGAGGAUGAAGAAAGCCGAGUCCUGCCAGGCUGACGACUUCCAUUUUGGAGGGCGGAAUGGGAGAAGGAGAUCAGAGCCUGCAAAACAAAUCAUAAGGAGCACAAGAGCUGUAUUGAAGCAUGCAGACAGUGAGGGUGCACUGCUGGGGGAGAGGUGCUCCCUUCAGCCAGCCACUAGUGUCAGUACGCUGGCCUCCAGUCUAGGCGAGCCUCAGGCUGAGAGGCCGUGUGCGGAGGAUCUGAUUCCCAGAAGGGACUCUCUGGAGCAGCUAAGUCCUACUGACAAUGACCUGAAACUGGGCUCUUCACCCAGUCAGGGGGGGCUGGAGAAGGCAGAGGAGGCAAAGGAGCAAGAGGAGGAGGAGGAGGAGGAGGGGGAGAGUUACAAGGAAGAUAUACUGAUGGGAGACGACCAGGUAGCCGACUUUGCCAGCUCAGUGCUGGCAGCCAUCUCCUGCUGGCACUAUAGAGCCAGGGCUUUGCUUUCUACUCACUUCACAACGGAUGAUCAGAUCAGAGAUUCGACUGAACUGAAAACUACGUUGAGAGAGGAGGUGGAAGCUCACGGGCUAGAUGAAAAACAUGAGGAUAUGGCCGUGAAAGAAACUCUCGCCACACAGGUCACUAUGGAGGAGCUGCGCCCUCUUGACUGUGUCCCUCAAGCAAAGAAGAGUGAUGAGCUGGAGGUGCACGACUCCCAACGCUCCGAGUCUCCUGUCUCCCCUUUGCAACAAGUAGCCGACACCCCAGAACCUCAGGAUACCUCAAGAGAAACUGGAGAGGAAGAAGAAGGGGAGAGUGAUUCCUCUGGUCUCCAAGUGGAGGAGACGAGUGUGAUAACUAACAGGGAGCUCUCAGAGGAGGAUGAGGAGGUGCUUUCAGACAAUAAAAGCAUUCUACCUUCCUCCGUGUUGGACCAGGCAAGUGUGAUAGCCGAGCGCUUCAUCACCAACCUGUCCAGGCGGAGCAGCCUGGUUUCAGAGGACUUGGGGUCCCUCGCUUGCCCCUCACCUACAAUAGAUAAUGAUGUCUUUAAAAGCCCCUCAGCUUGCAUGGACUUAGAGCAACAGACCCAAAUGUUUGCCAGCUCUUCCCCAGAGCCACAGGUGACCUCAGAAGCUAAUCUGUCAACACCUGCACUUGAUCCUGCGUUGAAUGCCUUCAUUGAAGGGGAACGCAUGUCCACUCUCUCUAAACAAGAUCGCCUCCUCAUCCGCAAGAUCAGACGAUACUAUGAGCAUGCUGAGCACCAAGAUGCUAACUUUAGCAUCAAGCGCAGGGAGAGUCUCUCCUACAUCCCAGCAGGUCUGGUCCGGCACCUGAGCCGACAGCUUAACAGUGCUCCCCAGGAGCCGGCUGUCCCAGUGCACAGGAAAGGCCUCUCUCGGAACCGCCCCACUUCCUGGGCCGUGUUUGACCUUCCUGGUUUGGAAAAGAGUCGAAACACUGACACUCAUCAAAAGACUGAACCACAGAGACCAGUGGAAGCCAAGGCUAGAUCUCAGAGUGUCUCGGAUGUAUCGGCCACAGAAGAAGAGUUCAGACCCUCAUCAGACAUGCAAAAGGUUUGGCAAGACAUGGAGAUGGAGGAAGAGGUGGAGGAGGGGGGGGGCCAGGAAGUUCAGCAGAUUGCAGAAAAGACACUUAAUGACUCAAAAUUAGAAGCAACACAGGAUAUAAGCUCAGACACAGGUGUGAAAACCAGUAAGCAACCACAUCCUGUUUCUGAAGAGUCUGAAAUAAGCAUGGCCUCAGAUGGCUCCUCCAUCUCAUCUCCCACCCCAACCCUUCCAGCAGUGGAGGGGGGAUCCUGUCAAGACUCUUCAUCUCAAGACAAGAGCCACGUCAACCAAGGCCAACUACCCAAGAUUAUUAACUUCAGAACAAGUAUGGACGAGGACCAGAUCCUACAAGACAUGGGAAAGAUGAAAAAUAAGGUGUUCCAGCUGGCACGUCAGUACAGUCAACGCAUCAAAAAUAACAGACCAAUAGUCUGGCAGAGGAACAGAGACAGAGCCAAUCAACAGGGCUUCAAGAAUAUGCCUGCUGUCCAUGAGGAGAAGAUGCCAUUGAAGAAAAAGGGUAAACCCAACCUGAGGUUGCCACCGAGCACUUGUGAUCAGGAGGUCAUCUGCGAAGAGAGUUCUCCAAGCCCAGCUCAGACGCCCAGCUCUGGAGCCAGCUCCCAGAGCACGAUUACCUGCCCGCAAAGCCCACCAUCAGAGACUGAGACCUUCCACUGGCCUGAUGUGCAGGAGCUGCGCACUAAAUACACAGACACCCCCCACUCUUCAAAACUAACCCGUAGCUCCACAGUCCCAAACGGGAUGCUGGAGUGCUCUACGAACAGAUGCAAUGGUUGCUCACACAAGUACAAAAGCUCCUCUGACCUUCACAAAGCUCUCACAGACUGUCCAAGGACACACACUGAAACUGCACACAAGGAAAGGUGUCCUGCAGGAGAGGACUGGCCCCAGCCUCAGCUUCAGCCCCUGCUGUGCAGGUGGAGCUCUUUGGACCAUAUGCUUCCCCUCCAUGAAGUACAGAACCUUCAGGAGCCUGUGAGGACCUCAUACACAGCCAGUCAGGUGUCUCUGAUAACGGACAAAGACGGGGAUAGCGUUCACCAGGAGGGCCCGGGCUGUGCCACGAAGCCUGCUGCCCUGGUUUCAGGGAAAAUAACAGAGAGUAAUCUAGUGAGAAGCUUACGGGAGAAGUUCCAGAGUUUAACCACAAGCUCAUGAACAUGUGAAUUAUGUACAUUUUUAUGAUCAGGGACUAUCACGUGGAAAUGUAAUCUGCCAGUUACCUGAUGCCUCUUUUCCUGUUUUCCCCCAGAAGAAUAAAACUCGUUGCCUGCAAGUUGUUUUCAGCACAGGGGACACGGUGAGGAUUUUGGCACCAGUGAAACAUAAAGGGGUAUUAUUGAUCAUUGGUGAGUUCCAUGAGGGGAAUGCAAUUUGUCUUUAAAAAUUUGAACCUUGGGUAUUUGUCUGCACUGUACAAUACAAGUGUAUGUAAAAAGGUGUAUAUAGUUCCUCGUAUCAAUUGAAGAUUAGGUUCUACUUUAUCAUCAUAUGCAUCUGUUUGGUUCCCUCCCACUGUUGCUGAGUCUUGCUAUAACCACUAUAGCACUUUUACCAUUUAACCACGUAAACUGUCAGCUGGAGUUUCAGGGGAAAUCAAAAAGAAGCUAUUGAGGAGAGAGCUGUGCUGUCAGCAGAGUCUCUGCCCAUACACCAAAGAGGGUUUCCUGUUAAUAUUUGUUGACUUUUAAUGCAUGUGGUCACAGCAGUAAUUUGCUUCCACGUUUACUGUAGCUGCUUCUAAACCUGUUUUCACAUACUGUAUCACUGGAGCUUUAUUGUUAUCGACAAGUUGUAUAUUUUCUUAAAUAUUAUUUAUGAAACUGUAUAUUUGGGAGAGAUCGGCCUCAUGUAAAUACUGACCCGUAGCGACCCUUUUUACUUUUCCAUUGCAGAAAAUAUAUUGUUUCAUACUUGAAGCUUCCCGUAUUUUCAAUAAAAACAGAAAUGGUAAGUGU